CCGGUAUAAGAGGGGCCGCGGGGAACAGCUGGUGCUGAUUUCCUCGGGCACCGCCGCCAGCAUGGGACCCCCACAGCGCUGGCUGCAGGCUCUGGCUCUGGCGCUGCUGCUGGCCGGGGGGGCCCCGGGGGCCGCCCGCGGGCGCCGGUUCUGCCGCCCCGUCAACGCCACCAUCGCGGCCGAGAAGGACGACUGCCCCGUCUGCGUCCCCGUGGCCACGGCCAUCUGCAGCGGGUACUGCCCGACCAAGGAGCCGGUGUACAAGAGCGCCCUGGCGCCCGUCUCCCAGCACGUCUGCAGCUACCGGGCCGUGCGCUACGAGACGCUGGCGCUGCCCGGCUGCCCGCCCGGCGUGGACCCGGCCUUCCGCUUCCCCGUGGCCCUGAGCUGCCACUGCAGCCUCUGCCCCAUGGACUCCAGCGACUGCACCGUGCACAGCCUGGGGCCCGACUUCUGCAGCGCCCGGGGGGGCUUCGCCUAGGGGCGGGGGGGGGCAAUAAAC